CUGCAGCGCCCCGGACAGAAGCCCAGGAGGCGGUUCCAGUGCUCACGGCCCGGCCACCUGCCCGCUCUCUCGCCGCGUCGCGCUCCCCGUGGCCAACAUGCUGCUGAAACUGGGUGGCCCCGCGCUGCCGCUGCUCCUGCCGCCGCUGCUGCUGCUGCUGCUGGGCGCCGGCGCGCACGCCGAGGUGCUGUUCCGCUGCCCGCCCUGCUCGCCCGAGCGCCUGGCCGCCUGCAGGACCCCGUCGUCCGGCACCGGGCGGCCCUGCGUCGAGCUGGUCCGCGAGCCGGGCUGCGGCUGCUGCUCCGUGUGCGCCCGCCUGGAGGGCGAGACGUGCGGCGUCUACACCCCGCGCUGCGCCCAGGGGCUGCGCUGCUAUCCCCACCCCGGCUCCGAGCUGCCCCUGCAGGCGCUGGUCCAGGGCGCCGGCACUUGCGAGAAGGGCCGCGACUCCGAUGGCACAGAGCAGGGUGCAGGAGACGGCGCCGUGAGGGCAUGCUCCAGGAAUCCCCAUGAUGCCUGGCCAAGAAGGGCUCCUUUGCGUGCAUCCAAGCACACACGUGUGCCUGUUUAUGAACCCGCGGACGAUGACUACCCUGAGGUUGAGGACGGGACCAUCGUGGGAGGUGGAGGCAGCGCCGGCCGGAAAGCCUUCACCGCGGGCAUGAAGGAGAUGGCUGUGCUGCGGGAGAAGGCCAACGACCAGCAUCGCCAAAUGGGCAAGGGUGGCAAGCACCCCCCCGGCCCGGAGGACUCCAAGAAGCUCCGGCCCCCAUCUCCCAGGACACCCUGCCAGCAGGAACUGGACCAGGUCCUGGAGCGUAUUGCCACCAUGCGCCUUCCGGAUGAGCGGGGCCCUCUGGAGCACCUCUAUUCCCUGCACAUCCCCAACUGUGACAAGACCGGCCUGUACAACCUCAAACAGUGCAAGAUGGCUGUGAACGGGCAGCGUGGGGAGUGCUGGUGCGUGAACCCCAACACCGGGAAGCUGCUUCAGGGAUCCCCUACAGUCCGUGGGGACCCGGAGUGUCAUCGCUACUACAAUGAGCGGAUGCAGUAAACCACAGCCAGCCAGUGCCUGGCACCCCACGCCCCCUCUCCAAACACAGAGAGGAGAAUGCUUGGGUGGUGGGUGGGGGAGGGCUCCCCAGGAGUUUGACACAUGUAUUUAUACUUGGAAAGAGACCAGCACUGAGCCUGGCACACCCGCUGCCUUGCCCCUCCCAGAAGGAGAGGUUGCACCCCCUUCUCAAAUCCCUGCUGGAAGGGGUGCCUGCAGAGGCAGAGCUGGGGUCCAGGUUUGGGAGGGGGAAGAAGAAAUCUUUAUUUUUGAACCCCCCCGAGUCUCUUGCUUAAGAAUAAAGAAAAGAAAAAUAAA